CCUUGAAUAUUUUAAAUAAAGGGGCGGGGUCAAAAUAUUUAAAUAAAUAAAUAAAUGUGAAGUAGCAACUGAUACAAAUUAGAAGUUGAAAAGUGUAGAAAGUGAGGGUGAUGAGCCUUUGGGACAAACUGCCACAGGCAGUGGUGGAUUCUUCCUCUGGCUAUGGGUCAGAUCCACACUGGCUGUCAUUGUGUUAUUGGGCUCAGUGUUGGGGUAACUGGCUACGGUUCUCUAACCUCUGAUAUGCAGAUUAGACUAAUGGUCCCUUCCUGCCUUAAGCUCCAUGAAUUCACUUGUGAUGCCGUUAGCUCCUCCUUAGUGAACCGCACACUAUGUGACGCCCACACCAAGCGUGCCUUCCGAGUGAUUGUGGUGGACAGUCGGCCACGGCUGGAGGGACGGGACACACUACGCAGGCUGGUGCGUGAGGGCAUCCGCUGCACUUAUGUCAUGAUCACUGCCAUCUCCUACGUGCUGCCCGAGGUCUCCAAGGUAUUGCUGGGGGCCCAUGCGCUGCUAGCGAACGGCUCUGUCAUGUCACGGGUGGGGACAUCCCAGAUUGCACUGGUGUCCAAGGCCUACAAUGUGCCUGUGCUGGUGUGCUGCGAGACCUACAAGUUCUGUGAGCGGGUGCAGACUGACUCCUUUGUCUCCAAUGAGUUGGGUACGUGCCCUGCAUGCUCCCCAGUGCAGUAGUUUAGGAUAGCGGUAUUGUAAAUUCAGGGUCCACUGCUGUGGCAUCCUAACAGGUCUCCUGCUCCGCCAGUGAUGAUAAACGUUUGGCUGCUCGCGUUUUCAUAGGCUUCUUCAGUAUAUCAUGCCAGCUCUGUGUAGGUAGCUAGCAUAAUAGACUUCACCAGAGCACCCAAGUCAGGUUUCUUGUUGAACAAAGUACAUUAAUAAGUGUCGGUAGCCAGAUGGCCUUCGAGACCCGACGUAUUUGUACCCGGAACAAUGGAUGCAACUCAGUUGAUAGUAUGGAUUUCACUAACGCCUCUUAGGCUGGCCAAAGAAUUAAGUCAGAGUACCCCCCAGUAUUUAUAGACAGAAAUGAACAAUCUAUGAUAUGCGCUCUACAUAUCAUCUUACGCACUAAUGACACGUUUGGUACCUCCCCAUGUACUUUCCUCCAAAGCAUACACUGCCCGUUGUUCUGCUUUCAC